ACUGCUGGACGGUUUUACCGUAUAGAUAGCGCCUUCUUUCCGGCUAGGGUGAAGUUUCGUCCUCUCGACAACGUAUUCUCCAGCAAUUACUUUCCAGUCGCUCGAUGGCAUUCUCGCAUUUUCAUCAUCGACAAUGGUAGGCACGCAAAACGCAAGUCAGGUGGCAGGCUGGCCAAGUCCUCAACACCUGCCAUCCAGACCGCCUCAGGAUGAGCUCGAAUUACCGAUACCUCCUACAAAUCUAAUGUUUGCUUUGCGCAAUGGGAGACCGAGAGGCACUACACUCAAGGAAUGGGCAUUCCCCCAGCGCUACGUUCGACGUGGAGAUGCUUUUGACGCGACCACUGCAGUCAUAGGAACGGGUGGCUUUGGAACUGCUUAUCGAUAUGAGCGCGUUCCCGAGCCCGAGCAGAGCGCUGUGUCAGCUUCGCCGGACUCGAGCUUCUCUGCGCUGAGCGCAUUUGGCGCCUCGUCGAGCCAUACCACCAACACGUCCCUCUCAUCCCCGGGACCCAGCCCAAAGAAAGCAGCGUUGGCGCCUUCAGUCGCGGCAUCACCGCAUCGCGACAGCAUUCCGAUGGAGCGCGAACACGUCGAAGCCCUUGAUCAGCAAGAAUGCGAGCAAUUCGACAAACAAAUGCGUACGAAGCUGAGUAAUAGACACCUGGCCCAAACCAGCGUGCCCCAACACCAGCUCGCGGCGCAUACGUCAGGCGUCACUUCUGAGAACAAUGCGAAUGCACCAGCUUUCAUGCCGGACAGCCCGCAGCAACUGACGCCCAACAAACCACCUGCCGUGAUUGUAGUCAAAGUCUGUCGGACACCGACCACCGGCAGCUUCGAUGAGCUGCCGCGAUGUGGAGUUCCGCGCGCCGAAGUCAAAAGAGCCGAAGCUCUUCUUAAUGCACAGCGCAACGGCGAGCUGACACCCGAUCUCUCGAAGAUAAUGCACACUCGCAUCGUGCGGGGCGAGCUUCUGCUCCUCAAAUUUCUUCAAGGAGCUGCGACGGCCGAAGGUUUCAGUCAUCGCCGCACCCACACGGUCAGACUGAUCGCAGACAUGUCCAUGCAUACCGCAUGUUCGGCGGUGACUGCGCUGGACCCGCUCAGCGCUCAAGCCAGCACUGCUGCCACGUACGAGCGCGUCGAGGGUGGCCCGCCCUUGCCUCGCCUAUUGGUCUUUGAACGACUCGUCGACCUAGAUGCCCAACUCACUCCGCGCGGGUGGGUCAAAUCGCGUACACCAUGGACAGUUGCGCAAGUAGAAGCAGCCGCCCGCGACGUCGCGAAGGGUCUUCGCUUCCUUCACUCUCACUGUGUGGCACAUGGCGACCUCAAACCGUCCAAUCUGAUGCGAUGCGCAAAGACGGGUGUGGUCAAGCUCAUCGAUCUUGGCGCCUCGAGACGAUGGGUGCGCCUUCCUGUGGACAAGAUGAGCAGCACCGACGUAGUCGAGGCAUUGGACGAGGCCAUCAUCAGCGGCCGAUUGAGCAGAGAUGACUAUACUCGCGAUGUCAUCUGUGAAGGACUUGGGUCAUUUACAGGCUCGCCGCACUUUAUGGCCCCGGAAAUCUUGCUGCAAGCGAGUCGGUACCUCAGCACGGACGGAUACGCAAGGUCGGUGCUCGACGACCAUGUCAGAAAUCCAGCCGCUCUUCCUGCUCAUAUUCCGCUCGAAUUGCUCGAGCUGUGCUAUGACGACUUCAAACGCGGAUGGGGAGUGGCAGCUGAUAUCUGGAGUUGGGGCUGCACGGUCCAGCUCUUGAUGAUGCGCACACAACACUCGCUAGAGAGACCCAGAUCUUCAGCGGUCUGUCCAUUCUCAUUCUCCUUUGAGCAUCAUCUCGAGGACGCCAUCGCACCGCUGUAUCCUCAAGAUGAGUCGGAGAAUGAUUUGCCGCGAUUCCGACUUUGGGCGCGCUGCUUCUCUCUUCAAAUCACGCAGACAUUGAUCUCUGGGGUAGAGCUCAUCGACUGCUGUACCUAUCUGUCGCCACAGGUGCUGCACGGCCUGAAGCAAGCGAUGCAGGGCAGAGAUGCUCGCCCAAAUGCGACGCAGCUCUGUGAAAUCCUGAGGCAGCCGGUGCAAGGCCUGGGUCUCGAUCUAUCCGGCCUGACAGAGCCAGACCAUCAGGACAACAUUGUACUGCAACCGUCGCUGCCCGCGACCCCACAGACACAUUUCAGCAAUCUUUCUCGUGCUGACUCCAUCCACAAUAUGGAUGGCACCUCGAGCACGGGGAUGAGCUUGCCUUCCCACAUGCACCGAAGCAAGCUGUCACAGCGCCAGAUCGACGCGCCAUCCUUGCCCGGACAAUCUCAGCUGGCAACAAGAAGUCUGCGGCAACCACUUACUCUGUCUACGGCGCCGACUCCUACAGACAGCACGAACCUGUCGCCAUCGAAUGCCAAAUCCCCAAUGCUUCCAGACGUGGACAUGGAUGCAGACCUGCUGGGUCUCCAUCUCAUGGCUGCGGAGGCGAUGGACAUUGAUGUCGACGACGUGGGCGGUGAGCCAGAGCAGCGUCUGCUUUCAGCUCCAUCGUUCACCAGGCACGCCAAACCUCAAAGCAAGAGCAACGCUACAUCGAUUGAAGAUGACGCUGCAAGUGCACCCUCUCUGCUCAACUUCGAGGAGCGAGGCAGAGGCGAAUACCGGGGCACACCGCCCACACCGACGCCUGCGCCGUCAGAGUCUCAGAAUCAGCAGCUGAAUCAGAAGCGCUCUCUUGGUACCCUUCUACGCCGGGGGAGCGGCCUGCACAAGGUUCGCUCUUCCUUCGGCGGCUUGCGAGCGGGCUCCCGUGCGCUUGAGCGGCCCAGGGAAGGAACGGAGUCUCGCUCAGACAUACACUGGCGCUUCAUGCUCAACGAUGCGGAUGCUGCUCCACUUGACGAAGAACAAGAAGCUCCCAAGGCUCAGCAUCCCAGCACUCCAGAGCCAAUUUCAGGCCUUUCCGAAAUCCAGACGCCUUACGCGCAUUCCAGAGGUCGUUCCGGCACUCUGCUCGCGCGUCGACUGAGCAUUGCGAAGUCUCUCAUUCAGGGCAAUUCCCCGAGCGACACCGCCGGUGCUCACGCAAAGGAACAGGCCAUACCUGAAUUCGAGGGCGAACAUGAGACUGGCGCGUCGACGAGUCGCAGCAAGCAAGCUACACCUGCCUGGCGUCGCCGAUUGACCAUCAGCAGCAAGUCCGCGCGAGCUUGAAAGAGGCAUGAUGCCGCUUGACAGUUAGUUCGUCGCGCUUGUGGGCGAAUUGCCUCUGGAUCCAGCCUUCUGAUCGAACUUGAUCGCCCUUGCAGUGGACUUGACGUGGUCAUUCUGGCAUCCACUCUCCAUCUCAGAUCGAAGCCCCAUACUUUUAGGUGCCACACAUACUAAUUCGCGUUCUUGUGCCUGACCAAAUCAAUUCUCGCGCCUGGAACGUUCCCCAUUCUGCUUUGUACCCAUACUGUUACCUGCCAAUCGUGUAUCUGUGCGAUCGCUUAUUUCCCACCCAUUUGCAGCUAGCCGUCGUCUUGCUUCUUACCGGCUCACGCACUACAAGCUGUCAAGGACGC